AUGGAAGGCCUGUGGUGCUUGUUUCAAAUCCUGCUGGUGCUCCCGGCCGCAGUGCGAACCUGGGACGUGAUCGUGGCCAGCGACGCGCACCUGCACACCCUGACGGCCGGGGGCAGCAUCAACGAGAUGCAGACGCAGCUGACGCUGGGCUCCUCGGUGUCCAUGGCCGCGGCGCCGGCGCGCGACAAGCUGUACCUGGCGGACGGCAGCCACGACAACGCCAGCGUGUUCCGCCUCGACGUGGAGUCGGGCAGCAUGGUGCCCGUCAUCCCCAAACAACCUCGGGAAAUUAAUGGUCUAGCUUUAGACCCCAUGCACAAUGUCUUGUAUUGGACAACGGGAUAUGGCCAUUCUAUCAUGAUGGCGAAUGUGGAUGGCCAGUCCCUUAGUAACAAAGUGGUGAAAAUGGUUCAUAAAUUCCGGGACGAAAUUCCUCAGGGCAUUGCCAUUGACAGCUGUGGCAGAUAUCUGUUUUGGACCAAUUCUAAUGUUAGGGCUCCGAGUAUAGAAAGAUCAAAUUUAGAUGGAUCCAAUCGUACUGCCAUAGUCAGCAAAGAUUUGCAUGUACCAUUGGGAGUUUCUGUAGACCAAGCAGAGCGCAAACUGUAUUGGAGUCAAGAACUUGAGGGUAUCUACUAUUCUAUUGAAAGAAGUGAUUUGGAUGGCAGCAAUAGGGAGGUGAUGCGGUCGAUGCACCACCAGCCUUUUAGUCUGGCAGUGGGCCCCGAUUACAUAUAUUGGGUGGAUGGGACCAAUAAUGCUGUUUGGAGGAAAGAUAAGAGUCUUCUGUUCCAAGGUUCUGACCCUAUCAAAGUUUAUGCGUUCCAAAGUGCACCAACGGAUGUAGUGGCUUAUGUUGCUGGGGAGGCGAAGACGGAUGCAGAAUGCAGGGCCAUUUUAUCAGCUUACGAAUCAAGAAAGCUGGAGGCUACAACUAUCAUCACAACUUCUGCUCCUGAGGACAUCACCGAAGCAGAUUGGAAUGACAACAAGCCUUCUAAUGAAUUUUGCCUCAACAAUGGAGCUGUUCUCUAUUCUAAAGAUCGAGAACCAGUUUGUCGUUGUCUGCCUGGUUUCACUGGUGUGCGAUGUGAAACUGAAAUUUGUUUCAAUUACUGUGUACACGGGUCUUGCUCACCCGACAACAAGCGAGGAGGGCCAGCAUGUUCUUGUGACGAAGGCUACACAGGUCUUCGAUGUGAUCAAAGUGCAUGUUCUGGAUUUUGCUUGAAUGAUGGCCAUUGCCGCAUUGUCGAGGGAAAGCCUACAUGCGAUUGUCAUGAAACAUUCAAUGGUGAAAGAUGUGAAAUAAGCAGCAGUGUAGCUAAGCUGUGCCAGCUUUACUGUGAGAGUGACCUGGCUGCUGUAGCGUUGCAUUCAGGAUCAGAUAUUAAAUCUCUGUGCGUGUGCCCACCUCUUGGGAAACCCAAUUACCAUGAAGAUGGCUUUAACAGAACAACAUACCUCAUUCCUUCUGGUGCAAAUCAAAUGUUUUUGAAAAAUGAGUCGUCUUAUAUGAGUGGAAGUGCCUCAGCUCUAGUGAUUACCUUUGGCUGUAUAUGUCUUCUCUUACUUUUGGCUGUUGUUCUUCUUAUGUAUAAAGUCGUUCAACUUCGAAAGCGGCCCCGCAUAAAAAAACGCUUUAUUGGAAGCAAGACAGUGACUCCUACACCAUUAACCAAUCGUCCUAGUCCUGCCACUGAUCAGUGUGAAAUCAAUAUUGAAAAUUGCUGUAAUAUGAACAUUUGUGAAACGCCGUGUUUUGAGCCCAAUUUACGGACAUCCCGGCCAGGAUCUAAAAAAGAAGAGAAGAAAACGCUUUUGGACAGCAUGGAGACUCCUCAAGGUGGAUCUCAUGAUGAUUUGUAUUAAAAGAAUCCUAGUCACUGUUUCAGAUACAAAACUUUUUAAAACUAAUAACUCUGAAUUUGUGACAAAAUGGGUACAAUUGCAAUUGUACUUGAAAAGAAAUAGGCCUCAAGUGUUCUUCUAAUGCUCCCUUAUGGAUUUUGAAGUGUUUGCAAUUGUGAUAAAAGAGUAAAGCACAAAAUGAAGUUGUGAUGAAAAUGGAUAUGAUUAAUUGUAGUGUCAAUCCUGUGAUUAGCUAUUGUUGUAUUGAAUGUGUGUGUUUGAGCGCGCGUGUGUGUGAGUGAGUGUGUCAGUGUAUUCGUUCCUGUUUUUUUAUUUCUUGUUUUUCCUUUCCUUCUGUUUUCCUGAAAGACACAGUGCUUUACUCUGGAGAUAUGCCAAUGGCAUAAUAUUGUCAGCAGAUCUACUACAAAUAUUGUUUAAGAAGUGGCUGUAAAUAUCUUAUAAUUUAUUGUUGUUUUAAACAAUAUCCUGCAACUAGCUUCACUUUUCAUCCUUUGAACUAAAGUUUUAAAAUUACCUAUAAUACCAGAGUGAAGCAUGUUCGUUCUGUGCGGGUUAGGAACCAAUGUUGUAUACCAAAAAUGUAUCUAUAGUUGUAAUCGAUCUCAAGGCUGCUGCUAAUGAGUCCAUAUUUUUUUACUGUGUGCUCCUUUGAAUUAUGUUUUUGCAGCUUUGUCAAAGUGAAUGUUAUGUCAUGUCAUAGGGUCUGUCCAGCUCAUUCAAGACUGGAAUCUAUUCCACUCUGUUGAUUUUAAACAAUUGAUGUGGAAUGACCAUUUUGUGCUUGUUUCCAUCUUGGGUGGAUGUUAUUUGUUGUGUAAAUAAUUUACACACAAACUGCUACAGGGUCUUCAUCAACUCUCUAGUUCAUUUGGGCAAAUGUUUGCCUGUUCUCUCUCUCUUCUGUCAAACAAGGUCCAAUUAAUUCUGCUAUUGGUCUCAAUUUAUUCAACCUCACAAUGUAAGAAGCCUUAUUGACUUUUGUUACUGAUGCUACUAUUUAGAUGAGGUACCUCCUUUUUUCACUGCCAUUCGGCCCUGCCAUCUUCCAUUUGCUUUUGAACUUUGAGAUAGCAUCAGUUGCGCAGUCUUGCUUGGGUUGGAGACGUCAUGAGUUUCUCUUCAUCUGCAGCCCCUUUUUUUCCUUUUAAUAAUUUCUGCUUUUCUUUUAUCAUAGAAGAUGAAAUUGAAGAUUUAGCCUCAGCGAGUUGUUGGGUUCAACAAGUCACCGCAAUGUUCUGGUAUCUUCUACCCUUUCAUUUUAAGAUUUGUUUUGAUUUUUGUUUUUAGAAUAAAUUGUUGACUGAUGCAAGUGAUAAAAAUGACGAAAAGGUGAAAUGAUCUUAGUUGCUUAAAGAAACAUGAUUUUUCAAAUUUUUUAUAGUUUUUAGUUCACAAAUUACAAUUAUUUUCUUUCCCAUUUGUUUUCAGUUUCUUAGUUUUUGAGAUCACUUUCAUCAACCCCAUUUGGCUUGAUACUUACCAUACUACUCUAACAUUGUUAUUUAUAUUGAACAGAUUUAAUUGCUCACUCAGUGUGAAGGUUUUCUUGAGUGUAGGUCAUGUCGAGUCUUCCUCUGUUGGUUUUAUUUAGUACCAUGUACUUACUUUCACACCUUAAGACAAAAUAUUGCUGUUGCAGUAUUGCAGAUUUUUUUUUUUUAGAUGCGGUGGGAUUAUUGGAAAAAGUCUUCAGAUCAAGUAUAAUUUUUGCUAAAUUACUCAUUAAUUUAGAAAAUUCACUAUACUUUAAUGCUUUUCUGGUUGGUACUGUGCUGUGUUGAUGUUUGAGGACUUCAGUUGUUUUUGUGAUAUAAGUAGUCAUGUAAAGUUAUGGUAGUUAAACCAUGAAACGGAUUGCCUGUAAUGGUUAGCAUAAUUUUUGUUUCUUAUGAGGUAACAGUUUAGAAUUGAAGUUACCAUUGAGAACAUUAGUUUGUUUUCAUGUUUGAAUCAUAUGAUGAGUUUGUGAAAGUUUUACAGCUGUGCUGUGAUUAACUGAUUUGUAAUUUAUAGGAAUAUGUUUUGUACACUGAUGUGUUAGUUAGUAACUGAGUCAAGAGAAAUUACCUCAUCUUAACUUCCAUUUCCUUGUGUUGAUGUAAGUAGUUUUUGAUGUUGAAUUCAUAGAACUGACUGCUUUGAAAACUACUUAAAAAGUCUGGUGCCAAACACUUAUCUUAUUGUUCCUUGAGAUAAGAUGCACCACUGUUAACUUAAUAUUUUCCUACAUGUAGUUCAACUACAAUGUACUACAAAAUUAUUGAUUCAUUUAAAUGUUCUUCCAAGCUGUUGGCAACUUAAGUUGGAAAGGACAUGAAUAUGUUCAUGAACAUUCUUAUUCAUAAGUAUUCUUAUAAAUUGGGAGCCAAUAUGGCUCUGUUUAAGACUGAAGGAUCAUUAUGAGCUAUUGCAAUUGUGUUCCCCUGGCAGAUAAGCUAAAUUAUGCCCCAAGCACUAUUUUAAAAUAACAAACAAAUUAUGAUUGCUAUUUUAAAAUGUCAACAAUUUAAGACUUUGCCAGGGAGCUUAAAUGUUUUGUUUCAAGUGCAAAAUAAACUUGAAAAAUCAUAA